AAAAAAAUCACUAAACCAACUUUAGAGACAGUAUACAAAAUAAUUUUAGUUAUAUUCAAACAAAGUUAUGAUAAAGAAUUAUGUUUACUAUAAAGUAUUUUAAAAAGAUUAACUUCAGAGUUUGACGUUUUUCUUGUCAGCAGGAGAAUCUUUCCUAUUUCUUUAAACAUCCACUAAAGAGAGAACUAUCACAUGAAUAUAGCUUGCCUCUCUCUCUCUCUUUCUCUUACACAUCAGUCUCUUGCUGUCUCUAUCUUUCUCUCGUAUUAUUAUUAUCCAACAAAAGUAGUCACAAAUCUUGAGCGGUAAUUAGGAGAUGAUGGAGUUCAGAGAGAAGCUCUUAACGUUCAAGUUCCACAUCGUCUUCGCCUUCGUUUUCUCUCUACUCACCGUCGCUCUCGUCACUUACUCACCAGGUUUUCUAACCGUUUUAUCUUACUUCUGGCCUCUAGUUCUUUCCACCGCCCUCUUUCUCGCCGCCGUUUUCUUCUUCGCCCGGACCUCCGACCUUCCGACGUCAUCUACCAUCUCCGGAGAUGGUUCCGGCUUACUAGUGGCGGCAGAGGGGAUCCUUGACUAUGUAGUCGGCGGACAACAUGAAGAAACUCUCCUUGAUAGCUUCACUAAACUCGACUAG